AUUGACAUUUCAAUGAUGCGGAUUCUAGGAUGACGCUACUUGACUAAUUGGGCUUGAUUUGUAUAAAUGAGUGGAUAUUCUGUAUUUCACCAAUAUGAAAGUCUUUCCAGAGGGGUCUUAAGUCCAGUUAAUUAUGUCAGAUGUCAACAAAUCAAUCAACACCUAGUCAAUAGACUAGGUUUAGAAACUAGCCUUCAGGGUCAUCAUGGUUGUGUUAACUGCUUAGAAUGGAACGAGCGUGGUUCCUAUCUUGCUAGUGGUUCAGAUGAUCGGCGUCUAAUUAUCUGGGAUCCAUUUGAACGUAAAUCUCUUUUAACAAUGAACACUGGUCAUAUGGCGAAUAUAUUUUCUGUUAAGUUCUUAUCUAGUCUAAAUGAGAAUCUGAUUGUAACGGGUGCAGCUGAUAACAAAAUUCGUGUACAUGACGUUAAAGCACUAGAAACUCGGCAUGUAUUUUCUUGUCAUUCAGGUCGCGUUAAACGAUUAGCGAAUACUCCAUCUGAACCAUUCUUAUUUUGGUCAGCCUCAGAAGAUGGGACCUGUAGACAGUUUGACCUACGAGAUCCUGAUCAGACUUCUGUAAAUAAACCAUGUAAUGUAUUAGUCAAUUUACGAUUUCAAGAUAACGUUUUUGCCGAAGCUAAGUGUAUUGCAGUAAAUCCAUUAAAGUCUGAAUUGGUUGCUAUCGGUGGGAAUGAACCAUUUGUACGAAUGUUUGAUCGACGUAAAUUAACACUUUCUACGUAUGAUGGUGUUACACCACAGGAGAGAAUACAAACUGCAUCAAGGAGAACCCCUAUAAACAUUCCAUCAAACUCGCUGCCUUCAUUUCCCUAUGGUGCAGCUAAAUAUUUUGUUCCAUCUCAUCUACCUGGUAAAAUAUUAACUGAUGGUUUAGACAAUCAAACUUUCAGUGUAACAUCAGUCAGUUUCAGUUCAGAUGGUGAAGAACUAUUAGCUAAUGUUGGACGUGAUAAUAUUUAUCUGUUUCAUUUAGCUUCACAAAAUGAACCAUUUCAAUGUCAAUCAUCGUUUAAAUCAACUAGAUUAUUGUAUAGUUUAUCUGCAACGCAACCAAGGGAUAGGUUUCGUUCUUUUCGUAUUCCUACUUGGUUUCGUCCUUCAAAUAUGGGAUAUUAUGAUUCUUAUUCGGGUUCAACUUAUGAUUACCGUUGUAAUUCUUCUAUGGCUUCUGAUUACGCAGUCGUACUGGCUUCACGAUUAAUUGAAGCCAAGGCGUACGCUGUUGCAGUUCAUAAGUAUAAUCAACUUAUUCAACAGUAUCCUUUCUGUCCUCAACUGUAUACAGGUCGCGCUACUGCUUUAAUUAAAAGAAAUUGGAAUGGCGAUAUUUAUAAUGCGUUAUUGGAUUGCCGAAAUGCUAUCCAACUGACUACUCAAAGCAACAAUGAUUCUGUCAGUAUCCAAAAUAACGAUACCAUUAAUAAACAUCAAUUGUUAAGCAGUUCCGUUUACAUUACAGCUCUAUUACUUUCAGUUCGAUGUUUAUUAUGUUUGGAUUGGUUAAAUGCUGCUCGUAUUCAGCUCAAACAAGCACUGGAAAGCUUUCCCAAUCUCUUCAAAAGUAUUACGCAUCAAAAGAUUUCGGAUAAAGCGCUUAUUGCACCUACUAUCAUCGCUUCUUCUUCUCCCUCGUCAUCUGCUAGCGCACCAACAAUCAAUACCACUGAUACGAAUCCGUCCAAGUAUAUUUGCAAAUCAGACAACCUGGUUAAAGUAUUCGAACAUUUAAAGUCUACAUUGUUGGCGAGAGAAAAACAAUUAGAAUCACAAUCUAACAAGUCGAAAAGAAAAGGAAAGCAAGUUAGUGAAAGAAAAAAAUCAGUACAUAAUAAUAAUGAUAACAACGAUACCAAUGAUGAUAAUGAUGAUGACGACAAUGAUGCCGAAGGAUCUACAAUACCAAGACCAGAAACUUUAUCUUUCAUGAAAUGCGAUAACAUAUGUGAACAAAUAUCUUCAGAAUCUUGGAAUCGUUCCAGUCUUGACAAUCAAAUAAAUCCAAGACUAUGUGCUUGUUUAAACUGCUCAUGUAAUCGAAUGUGGGUAGAAGAGGAUGAAAGAGAAAGGCGAAAAAACGCCAUCGACUUUUCAGCAUCUUAUAUUGGUCAUUGCAAUUCAAUAACAGAUAUUAAAGAAGCAAAUUUCUUUGGAAGCUAUGGGCAAUAUAUUGUCGGUGGGUCUGAUUGUGGUGCAUUUUUUAUAUGGGAUCGUAAUACAACUAAUAUAAUGCGUAUAUUGAAAGCUGACAGUUCUACUGUGAACUGUGUUCAACCUCAUCCGUCUAUUUGUUUGUUGGCAAGUUCCGGAAUUGACUCUGUUGUAAGACUAUGGUCACCGAAUUGUGAAGAAGACCCUGAUCAAUCACGAGUUGUUAGAGAUCAAGUUGGAGCAGCUGAACGGAAUCAACAACGUUCUAACGCUGAUCCUCUGGAAAUAAUGUUGUUAAAUAUGGGUUAUAAUUUUCGUGGUCUUGAUUUUGAUUCUAAUAGAGCUAGAAGAUCGAGAAAUCGCGAUUGUACUGAUGAGCGGAAUAACGAAGAAGAGAAUGAAUCCAGUGAUGAUGACGAUGAUGAUCAUAAUAAUAACUAUGACAACAUCAAUUUCGAAAGAGAUUCUUAUUCUACACUGCAACCUUCUGGAAACGAAACCCAUACUAAUGCCAAUCAUCAUGCUGGAAGUCUUGACGACACAUUGCACAGUGAAUCUGUUCUGAAUAACGUGAAUUUAGUGAAUGAAAGCAUUGAAGGAGUUGGUCAAACUGAUAGUCAAAAACGUACUGGGAAUGAAUCCAUUGAUUUGUCUUGUCAGUUAGGUUGUCCUCAAGCACCUAAGCAAAAGCGAACAAAAACAGGAAGUUUAACUGAUGACGAAACCUCUUUUCAACCAUCAGUUGCUGCUAUCAUAUUCAAUAGUGAUUUGAGUUCUGAUGAUGAUGAGCCUAAUGCUACUUCAGUAGAGAAGAAUACACAAUAUAGACGUAAUCGUUCACGUCGAAUACAGUCUUGUCAUAGUCGACAUAUAAGACAUAUUCGUACACGAAGAAUACCAAUUAGCACCACUUUUUCUGAUUCCGACGUUGUAACUACUCCAUGGUUAAUUGAUUUUUUCCCUAUUGAAGUUCAUUCAAUCAAUUCACAGUCAACAGUAAAUGAAACAUUAAGUGAACGAGAAGAGCCAGGACAAGAGGAACAAAGAAAUACUCAUCGAGAGGAUGAUGAUAGAGACGAUGAUAACAGUAUAUCAGAAGUCUCUUGCACGUAAGAAUUUACCAUUUUCAUUGUGAACUGUUCGGUACAUUUAAAAAAAACUCAUUCUUCCCGUAAAUGAGAAUGUAUAUCCUCAGGCCGAUAAUUCAGGGUACUUUAUUAAUUUUUAAAACAAACGCCAUCUUCUUUAGCAUGCUAUCCAAAUAAGUUGUGGUUCAAUAAAUUAUUCUUACACAUUAUGAUGCAAUGUAGCUUUGUAACUAAUUGCCGGUUCUUGUUAUCAUUUUUAAUUCACAACUCUUUCUUUAACAGACUUCUGAUAUCACAUAGUUAUCCAGAUGAAAGUACAUGGAAAAGUGCUUAAAUUCACAACUCCAUAUCUGAGUCAUACACACUGCUAAGUCUCUGUUCUGGUGAAUCUAGAUAAAAGUAGUCAGUUUUUUUAAAAAAAAAAAACUAGGACAAUUAUUUAAUUCUGUUGACUACGUUUUUCUUUGUCUCUUUGAAUUAAGCACUUUGCUGUGGAUUUUAUAGUUUAUCAUGAAAGGCAUUAUAUUUUAUGUAACUUAAAAUGUCACUUAUUAUUAUUAUUCGCUUAUCCUGAAGCAACUUAAGAAAGCUGUUUAUCAUUUACGUUUCCACAACUAACAUAUAGUUGUUCAAAAUUCUUACUAAAGUUCUAUUAAACUUCUCUCUCAACGUAGUAAAGUACUCCUGAAAUAUAGGCAACUCAUCCUAAUGAAAGUUAUGGGUUUCUCUUGAAACAGCAAAGCAUCAAUAAAAACUGAACUUUUUAACACGCUGAUAAAUUUAUUACAGUAUGCAUGACGUCAAACUAAUGAUGAUUAGUUAUUCAAAUGUCUUAUACAAAGUUAACUGUUCUCAUCAUCAUUACGUUGAAUAGAAUAGCCAUUCUGUUUUCUGUAGCGUACAUGAAGGCUUUUAAGUGGUCAAACUAUUUACAGCUCAUCUGAUGUUAGUGAACAUAACCAAGUUCGUCGUAUAUAGGUCGAAUCUUCAAAAAAUCAUUGAUAUCUUUGGGAUAAAUUGGUGACUGAUAGUUAGGCGAAUUCGACAUGCGAAUAACUUAUAAGUCACGAAGUUGGCUUAAAGGAAUACAAAAUUAAGUGACCAUAACACAGCUAUGAAGAUAAACACCUAUUAGCCAAUAAUCUAUGCUACUUUGUAGUGAGAAACUAAGGUUUGACCAUUUAUAAUGUAGGCCUAGAAUCUAGUAAUUAAGUUGUCUUACGUUUGUAUUAACAGUUAUAUUUAACACAUUAUGAAUAAUUGUUUUUAUUUAAAUUCACCUCUUAUAUUACAUUUUUUAAAGUAAAGUCGUUUAAGAGAAGAAUAAGUGAUUCUACUUCAUGACAUACUAUUUCGGACAUUCGUAUCCAUAUCUUUUUGCUUCAUUAUUGAGGAAAUUUAGUUUCAACUAAAGGCUUCUAAGGGCGUAUUUAUAUGGUUAUUGUUGUUUAGUGCAGAAGUGAGUUAAUUCAUAUCCUAUCAGAAACAACUCGAGGAAACAUUGGAAAUAAGCAUACUCUACUCGUUCAGAUAUUUAAAAUUGUUAACCAGUUAUUAACUUCACUGUAAUUAUCAGGUGUUACUCCUCGGUUAAGUAGGCCAGUAAUAAAAUAACGUUACUUCAUGUCAAAUUUUAUUACACUACUAGAGUUCUCAAGCAUUUCUACCUGUUAACUUGCCAUGUAGCUCCCCAUUUUUAUGAAACUUUAAUCUACUUGACAAAACUACUGGGUACGGUUAAGGUUAAUCAAACCGAUAGUUAAACUAGUAAGAUUUUUUACGGAAUCCCAAUUACAUCUGUUUCGUUGUAACAUCCACAGGAGUUAAAGAUUAUGGCUUUGGUCGAGCAAAUUACAUAAUGAUUUACAAUGUAGCAUACUGGACGGUCACUCAUUUGUCGUAUAUUAACUAUUACCAGUUUGUAUUCAGACUGCAUACUUACUUACUUACGCCUGUUACUCCCAAUAGAGCAUAGACCGACGACCAGCAUUCUCCAUCCCACUCUGUCCUGGGCCUUCUUUUCUAGUUCCAUCCAAUUCUUGUUCAUUCUUUUUAUGUCUAUCUCCAUUUCCCGGCGUAAAAUGUCCUCUUAUCUUCCUCUUCUCCUUUUGCCUUGAGGAUUCCACGUGAGUGCUUGACUUGUGGCGUGGUUGGUUGCUUUCCUCCGGGUCUCCGCCUCAUACAGUAGAACUGCCUUCACAUUUGUAUUGAAAGUCCUGACCUUGGUGUUGGUUGACAGUUGUUUUGAGUUCCAGUUGUUGAGUUUGUUAGUAUCCCAAAGGAAAUCCGUAUUAAACAUUUGUGAUGUUGUCCGCCCCGUUUCCAGUGCCUCUUGAGUUUCAAUUUCAUCUUGACGAUCAGCAAUUGAUGGUCUGAUGCUAUACCAGCUCCUCUCUUGGUUCUGACGUCUUCCAUCGUCUUCCUGAACUUUCUGUUGAUGCAGAUGUGGUCGAUUUGGUUCUGUGUAGUGUGAUCCGGUGAAGUUCAUGUAGUUUUGUGUAUGCGUUUGUGUGGGAAUAUAGUGCCGCCUAUGACCAGUUUGUUAAAGACACAUAGGUUUUCAAAUUUCUCACCAUUUCCGUUCCUUUCUCCCAUUUCAUGUCGUCCCAUAAUGUCUUCAUAUCCGGUGUUCUUCAUUCCAACCUUGGUGUUUAGGUCUCCCAUCAGAAUGGUCAAGUCCUUUGCUGGGCAGUUCUCGACGAUUGAAUGCAGCCUAUCGUAGAAUUGAUCUUCAACGUCUUCAUUGUAGUCGUUGGUAGGUGCAUAGCAAUGGAUGUCGUUCACUGUAAUGCCCUCUUUCUUUGUUUUAAGGAGGUUUUGAUGAUCCUUAGUCCAUGAGAUUCCCAUCCUAUAAGUGCAUUUUGUGCUUGUUUGGACAGCAUCAAUGCAACUCCUUGUGUAUGUGGGGCAUUUUCUUCUUUAUGGCCGAAGUAUAACUGAAGCUCCCUUGAAGCUAGUCGUUGUUGUCCAACUUUCGUCCAAUGUGUUUCACUGAUCCCAAGCACCUCUAGGUUGUAUCUCCUCAUUUCUGCAGCAAUUUGAAGGGCUAUCCCGGUGUCCCACAUUGUACGAGCACUCCAUGUACCUAAAUAAAUGGUUGCUGUGGUUGUCAUAAGGGGCAUCGAUUCAGACAGCUGUAUCUCCUAAAAUAACUAGUUUUGAAAACUUUAAUUCCGUUUGCUUUCCAUUCAUUGUAAAGUUCUUGCUAGAUGGCCUGGACAGAUAAACUUAAACGGCUGGGAUGUUUGUCCGAAACCUUUUUAUCUUCAAAUUAAACCACUGAACAUUUAUAUCGUGAUUUAUUUUAUUUCUCAUGUGAUUCGUGUAAUUUUACUUGAUUAGAAUUCUGUCCACAAAAUACAUUUUUUUAUAAAUCGCAUAACUUAUAUGUAUGAAAACGUAAAUACUAAUUUCUGUUUAUCUAUCUGUUCAGUGUCAGUUGAAUAACUUCUCUCCCCCCAUAUCCAUCUUCAUCCACGAUGUAUUCCAAAUAACAAUUGUUAAAAGAAAACAAUAUGUUGUGUUUUGCUGGCAUACUUUGAUGAUAAUUCCGCUAACUAAAUUCAUUAUUAUUUAAUUUUGCUACUUUUUCUGUGUUGCUGAUCUCUAUUGCUUUGUGUUAUUGUUCUCUUUUUAUGUUUUUGUUCAUUGUGUCCACUUAUCGAGUCUUUUAUUAAAUUUGAUAUAGUCAAAUUACGAUUCAUUGAAAAUUGUAUGACAUGGUGGUUAACUUAAUUGGUUGUACAUGUGUACUUAUUUGUUUUAGUAACUGGAAUUAACUGUAAACUACCACCUCUAAUUUCAUUUAAUUCAUAUUAAAAACAGACUGUUGUUCAGUUUUGUAAGUGUAAGAAAUACUUUUAAGCUGACGAUAUUAAUAAACUUAAUAAUUUGUGGAAUUUGUUUUGCAUGAACUUUUUAUCAAAUAUUUGUUAAUAUAAAGUCAACUUUUUGAAAAUGAUUUAAAUAUGUUCGUUAUUUACCAUUAUUAUUGUUAUUGUCAUUCAUAUGAAUACUAGUACCACUCCUGAGUAAUAU